AUGGCCAUACCUUUAACUGUUAUCGGACAAGAAAUUAUUCGUUAUUGUGGAACAUUUACUUUUGCUGUCGGUAUCAGCGGAAAUAUUCUUAAUACUAUCGAACUUCUUAGUCUGCGAACUUUUCGGCAAAGUCCAUGCGCAUUUUAUUUAACAAUUAUGUCAAUUAGCAAUAUUGGUUGUUUAGGUUUUAGCUUUUCUCCAUUGAUUAUGGUUGCUUUAAUCAAUUUUGAUCUAAGUGAUGUGUCAUUAUUCUACUGCAAAUUUCGACGAUGUUUUUCUCAAGCAAGUAUUGGAAUUUCAAUGACAUGUUGGUGUUUAGCAACAAUCGAUCAAUAUUUUGCUACAUGUCUUUAUCCUCGUUGGCAACGAUUUUCUAAUAUAAAAUUGGCUCNGAACGACGAUAUGUUAUUUCUAUACGAGAGUAAUAAUGAUACAUUUUCUUUCUUCCUGUGGAGAAGAAAAAGAACUGUUGUUCGGUCAACGUUCAAAUAG